ACUUACCCGAAUUAGGAUCUUAUCGAUAUUUUUCGGCUACAGCCACGAUUAGUUAUUGCCUGGAUCGAGUUUGGAUGUAAAAAUAAAAACCAACGUUGAUUCGCGUUCAAUUAUAAUUCUCUGCAGUUUUUGGAUACCUCGAUGUUAAAGACUUAAGUAUCUCUAUCUACUAUAGACAUGUGUUUUCCAAAGUUGAAACAAUGGUGGUGUUGCUGUCCGUGUCCAUUGAGAAUUGGAGUGAAUUAUAUUUGCUUUAUUAAUUUUGUGUGGAACGUUGCGCCUUUAUUAGAUUUACAUAUAGAUGGAAGCUCAAAAACAGAUCCGCCUUAUCUUCUCGAAUUCUUGGACAGUCUAUAUCCAUCUUAUGGGUAUCAUUUUGUAGAUCAUGGGCAGUUUUAUUACGCCAUUCAAUGUUGUGUGAUGUUCAUCGCGAUUUGCCCCGGCUUACUUCUAGACUCACUUUUCUUAUUAACUCCAUUGGCCAUAAGUGAAACGCUUAUGGUUCUUAUGUAUUUGAGCAAAAUACUCACCUAUUUGUGGCUGCGUAUAAACUUGGUUCAAUCGACAGAAGACCCUCUAAAAGUGUUCAUUUUAUUUGCACUCCAUUAUUACUUUUGCUCGAUUAUCUUCAGCUUCUUCAGCCAAAUAUCAGAAACAGAGCAUAGAUGCGAGCAUCGAUUGACAGACGUUAAAAUCACGAAAUCGACACAAGCUGCUUCAUCUCCUCCUGCAUCCGCUCCCUGUUUGAAUGAACAAACCUUACCGCUGAUUUCUCAGGGAAAUUCUUCGUAUGCUGUAAGAACUCCGUAUGCUCCUGUCUCUACUCAGCCCGAUUUGUCGAUGUAUUCGCCUAAUGAGUGUUCUCAAGCUGCAAUCCCAUCUUCACCUUGUUACAUUUCUCACUCUGUUGUCAUGAAUGAAGAACCACCGUCAUAUGCUCCUUGAGGAGACGUACCAUGUAACUUUUGCACUGGUUUACUUUACUUACCUAUACAUAUGAGUUCAUAUGUACGUACUUUAGACAAUUCCAUGUUAGAUGAAUAAAAUGAAAAUAAAACUAUCUACGUAUGGAU